AUUGUCAACGUCAGUUUUCAAUCUUGUUAUAGCUACGCAAUCAAAGCUGAUCUUCACUAAGCUAAAGCUUUUUUAUAAAAAAAACUGACUCCGCCAUUUUUAUCAGUCAACAAAGAAUCUUAGAUAAUUCCUGUAUUAAUGGAUAUUUAUAUCUAGUCUAGUCUUUGAUCUGUGCUUACAGCUACACAAGCUCGCAUAUUUAGUAUACGAUAAAGUUUGAACCCGAGUUACAGGUUGAGAAACUGCGAGAGAGAAGGAGAUGGGUAGUUACCGAAUGUGCCUCUUAUUCAAGCGGAAGUUCAGGGUGACGGAAGCGGGGCCGCCGGAGGACGUCAAAAGUAUUUUCAGGCGGUACGCAGACGGAGGGACCCAACUGGGGGCGGAGCAACUGCGGCAGUUUCUAGUUGAUGUUCAAGGGGGAGGCAGCGAAACGUCGCUGUCAGAUGCGGAGAGGAUCGUGGAGGAGGUUCUGAGGAGGAGGCAUCCCAUUGCCAAAUUCACCAGAAACACUCUUACUCUCGAUGACUUCCAUUAUUACUUGUUUUCUGCCGAUCUCAAUCCUGCUAUCAAUGAUCGGGUCCACCAUGACAUGAAUGCUCCUUUGUCUCACUAUUUUGUAUAUACUGGGCACAAUUCAUAUUUGACAGGAAACCAGCUCACUAGUGAUAGCAGUGAUGUUCCGAUAAUAAAGGCGUUGCAGAGAGGGGUGAGAGUAGUCGAACUUGAUAUAUGGCCAAAUUCUGCAAAUGAUGAUGUGAUAGUUUACCAUGGAAGGACCUUGACAUCUCCAGUGGACCUCAUCAUAUGUUUGCGAUCAAUUAAAAAGUAUGCUUUUUCUGCAUCACCAUAUCCUCUCAUAAUCACUCUUGAAGACCAUCUUACACCAUAUCUCCAAGCUAAAGUUGCAAAGAUGCUUAUUCAAACGUUUGAAGGUACACUAUUUUACCCUGAAUCUGAAUCAUUAGAAGAGUUCCCUUCCCCAGAAAAGCUAAAGCACCGGAUUAUAAUUUCAACUAAACCUCCAAAAGAGUACCUUGAAGCUAAUGGUAAAAACAAAAGAAGUAAUUUGGAGAAGGAAAAGGAUUCUGAUGAUGAUGCAUGGGGAAAGGAGGCAGAAGAUACAGCUGAAGAAGAAGAUGACGAGAAGAGUGAUAGCGAUGCAAGUGCAAUCAAUCAGGAUUAUGAUGUUAUGAGCUGUGAUCCUGAAUCAUGCCAACUGGCUGCACCUGAAUACAAACAUCUGAUUGCCAUUCAUGCAGGAAAACCCAAGAAUGGCUUGAAAGAGGCGCUUAAAGUCGAACCUGGUAAAGUUAGACGUCUUAGUCUGAGUGAACAAGCACUUGAAAAGGCUGCUGAAUCAAAUGGUACAGAUGUUGUGAGAUUUACUCAGAAGAACUUUUUGAGGAUAUACCCCAAAGGUACUCGGUUUAAUUCCUCUAACUACAACCCACUAAUUGGUUGGAUGCAUGGAGCUCAAAUGGUUGCAUUUAACAUGCAGGGAUAUGGUAAAUACCUCUGGAUGAUGCAUGGGAUGUUCAAAUCAAAUGGGGGUUGCGGCUAUGUGAAAAAGCCUGCUUUUCUAACGAAAGUUGGCCCAAAUGGUGAAGUUUUUAAUCCUAGAGCAAAAUUAUCUGUGAAAAAAACUUUCAAGGUGAAAGUCUUUAUGGGAGAUGGUUGGCAUUUAGAUUUUAAAGAGACACACUUUGAUGCAUACUCUCCUCCAGACUUCUAUACUAGGAUUGGCAUAGCAGGUGUACCUGCUGACAAGGUAAUGAAGAAAACAAAAGUAGAACUGGAUCAGUGGACACCUGUUUGGAACGAAGAGUUCACAUUUCCAUUGACUGUUCCUGAAUUGGCCUUGCUUCAGAUUGAAGUCCGUGAGUAUGACAUGCAUGAGGGGAAUGAUUUUGGUGGCCAAACUUGUUUGCCAGUCUCUGAAUUGAAGACAGGAAUUCGUGCAGUUCCACUCUAUGAUCGUAAAGGAGUUAUGUUCAAGUCAGUGAGGCUUCUUAUGCACUUUGAAUUUGUGCCCUAGGAGCAGCUUUUGUGAUGAAAUUUGAAGCGAUCAUCGGAAAGCAUCUGCCAGAUGAUGUUGCACUCAACUCCUGGAGUAGAGGUGUGUCAGCUAUAGAGCUAUUACAGGGUUCUUGAUCGUUGAGAGUUCCAUGGUGAUGAAGUAGAUGUUCAAGGUAGAGGCUGAUAGAAAAUGGAGCAAGUUCUGCCAAGAGGGAUCAUAUAUUUAAUUUCAUAAAAAGUUAAUAUUCACAUUUUCUCCCAAUUUAUUUCGUGAGAUUAAUUAAUUGACAUGAUAAACAUCAGAAAA